UUACCACAAAACCUUGAUUCCAAAUUAAAGAAAAUCCAUCGAUAUCCUACCGAUUCCAAAACCAGCCCAAUUCCAUAAUUCAGAUUAAUUGUCUUCUUCCACUAGCAUUUUUUUUUUUUUUUUUUUUUGUUCACAUGGGCAUGCUUGAAAGUAUAUAUAUAUAGAAACAACGAGCUGUACUACUUUCAAAUGUCACUCAAAUUAUUGAUUUUCUAAGUUGAUCUUGCUGGUAAAAAAUGGGUGGUUUAAGAGAUCAAAAGCCGGCAAUGGCGAUGUUUGCUUUACAAUUUACCUAUGCUGUUGUGGCUCUCUCCACAAGAGCGGCUCUCCUGCAAGGAAUGAGCCCUAGAGUUUUCACAGUUUACAGGCAAGCCAUUGCAACUUUAGUCAUUGCUCCCAUUGCUUAUUUCUCAAGGGGAAAGUCAAGUUGUUCUAUGGGAUUAAAGAGCUUUUCUUUGAUAUUUUUGACCUCACUUAUAGGGGUAACGAUAAAUCAGAACAUUUAUUUUGAGGGAUUAUAUUUAGCUUCAUCAUCCAUGGCAAGUGCAAUGGGCAAUCUAGUCCCCGCUAUCACUUUUGUAAUGGCAUCCAUUGUUGGGUUGGAGACAAUAAAUAUUAAAAGCAUUAGAAGCAUUGCAAAAAUUAUAGGAACAUUAUUCUGUGUGAGUGGAGCCAUUUGCAUGGCAAUUCUGAGAGGCCCCAAGCUUCUGAAUUCAGAAAUAAUGCCACCACAGAAAUCUUUAUUUGCCUCUGGAAAUAAUGAGACCUGGUUGUUGGGUUGUCUCUUUCUCUUUGCAAGUGCUUGUUGCUGGUCACUUUGGCUGAUUUUACAGGUUCUAAUUUCAGCCAGCUAUCCUGACCACUUAUCUUUGUCAGCUUGGAUGUGUUUCUUGGCAACUCUUCAGUCAGUAAUACUUACAUUAUUCAUUGAGCCAGAUCCUGAAGCAUGGAAUUUUAAUUCAUUUCUUGAAAUUGGUUGCUGUUUCUUCUCAGGAAUUAUAGGCUCAGGAGUUUCAUUCAUUGUUCAAGCUUGGUGCGUCUCAAAAAGGGGUCCCGUCUUCUCUGCAAUGUUCAAUCCUCUAUGCACAGUUAUUGUAACCAUCUUGGCUGCUUUGUUACUAAACGAGGAGAUUUACACUGGAAGUCUGAUAGGUGCAGUUGGAGUAAUUCUUGGAUUAUAUAUUGUGCUAUGGGGCAAAGCCAGAGACAAUAAUGUAGGAGAAGAUAAGAAUGAAAAGUUACAGAUUGAAGAUUUAGAGAAAACAAGAUGCAGCAAUGAUUUAGAGGAGCCUCUUCUGUCUGAUAAAACAAGAAAUGUUAACGAAAUUGAUGUAGUACACUGCUAAUUUUUGUCCUUAAUUUUGUAUUUUUCAGUUUUGUUUUUAUAUAAUAAUUAGAAUUAAUUAUUGUAGACAGAAGAGACCUACAUACAUGAUUGGUCAACUCUUGUUACUAAAUUUAGUUGAUAAUUUUAAAUUA